CAUUGUCUCGUUGGUGCGACGGAUAGUAGAACUCGAGCUGGUUGUAAGCGCGAGAAAGCAGUUGUGGCAGCAGAACCAGUGAUGGGUGCACUGAUCUCAAGUGCUGUUUAGUUGGAAUUGUUCAAACUUUACGUGGGGAGUUGAAAGAACAUGAAGUGUGAACUUGGAACUAUGUUAAGGUCAACGAUACUGGAAUUACUUUUGUUUUCAUUGACAGCUGGGUUAUAUCGCGCUGCACCGCGCGCCUCCAACAACAAUGAACUGUCUGUAUCAAAGCAACCUGCCAUGUCCGAAAUCACACUCGGGCAGCUCGGCACUACCAUGCCAAACUAUUUACCCGAGGACAAUGUGAGGUUGUCCACGAUUUCAGCGCUCUCCCCAGUUUCUACCGCGACCACAUCGGCAAACAGGAUUACAGGUAACACCACUAAAUCUAUCCAAACAAACAAGUUGACCCGAACAGCAAAGACCACCAUAAGUGAGUCCAUAUCGAAGGAGACAAUUUCUACAUCGAGGACUUCCGAAACAAAGACGCAUUCUUCGCCCACCUCUCAGCUUCUACCUGUCCCCACCACUGACACGCAACAAACUGAGUUCCUGUGUAACUGUAGCAGCGAGGGAUCUCUGGAUCUAGACCGCUGCGACCGCAGCACAGGGCAGUGUGUCUGCCUGUUGGGCUACAUGGGACUGCGGUGUGCUGACUGCCAGGAGGCCCACUUCAACAAUGGCACCACCGGCUGCAUCCCCUGUAGCUGCGACUCCUACGGUGCUCUCGGACCCCUCUGCGACAGCUCUGGGAUGUGCGUGUGUAAGACAGGCGUGUACGGUGACAAGUGUGACGAUUGCCACCCAGGUUUCUUCCGGUUCAGCAGCACGGGUUGCCAGCCAUGCCAGUGCAAUAAUCACUCCAACUACUGCCACCCACAAUCAGGCAUCUGCUUGAACUGCCAAGGGAACACCAAAGGACCCGGCUGUGAGGAAUGCAAGUAUAAUUUCUACCGGAGGCCCGACACUGCCCUUACUGAAGUCUGCGUCCCCUGCCCCUGCUCCAGCGUCACCUCUUCUGGCAGCUGCCACCUUGACCCCAGGGGACAAUCUGUGUGUGACCAGUGUAAGCCAGAGUACCAGGGGCCCCACUGUGACCAGUGCAGGGGUGGCUUCUACAAUGCGGACAGCAUCUGCCUUCCUUGCAACUGCAGCGGGAACGCCGACCCCGGGACCUUGCCCCGCAUCUGCAACCCUGAGACGGGUCACUGCCUGAGCUGCGUCAACAACACGUCGGGGAAACACUGCGAGCGCUGUGCUGAAGGAUACGUGGGUAGUGCCAUCAUCCACAGCUGCAAAGCUAUAGUCACUCCCACCCCUGAGCAGAACACGACAACAACCGCCUCCACCACCACCCUGACCCUGCGCUCCACCACCACUACCCCCUCUAGUGGCCAAACUAUGACUUCCACUUCCAACGCCACCACCACUCAGCUGACCACCACAGCCUCCAGCACCACACCAGGUCUCCUCGCCAACACCACGGCCGCCAUCUCCGAGGUCUCCUGGACCCAGUUCAAUGUCAUCGUCCUCGCGGUGAUCAUUGUGGCAGUGGUGGUGCUGAUGGGCGUGGCGGGCGGUGUCUAUACCUACCGUGAAUACCGCAACCGCAAGCUGAACGCUCCGUUCUGGACCAUCGAGCUUAAGGAGGAUAACAUCAGCAUCAGCAGCUACCACGACAGCCUGCCCAACAUGGGGGACGUGUCGGGCCUGCUGGAGGAAGAGGCCAGCAUGGAGGUGGCGCCCAACGGCCAGCUGGCGCUUAGCAGCCCCAUCAACAUGUACAAGGCGUGAUGAUGGGCCAUGGGCGGGGAUGCUUCUUCUUCUUUGGUGUUUUAACGGCGGUGUGCAAGCUAAUAUUUAUUGGUGUUACCGCAGCCUUCUGGACUAGUGUGAUAAAGACGCAUCCUCCGGGAAACUGUAUUCUGUCCCAUCUCUACCACACCCACCAACCCCACCCGUGGUGGCCACACCCACCAUGAAACUCUGACUGGGGGAGGGAUGUCUCUGACUGGGAGAGGCAGGGAGGGGGGAGGAAGGUCUCAGACUGGGAGAGGCAGAGAUGGGGGGGAGGGAGGUCUCUGACUGGGAGAGGCAGAGAUAGGGGUGAGGGAGGUCUCUGACUGGGAGAGGCAGAGAUAGGGGUGAGGGAGGUCUCUGACUGGGAGAGGCAGAGAGGGGGGAGGAAGGUCUCGGACUGGGAGAGGCAGAGAUGGGGGGAGGUUUAUCGUCCAGUCCUCAGGAUUUGAAUAAUAAAUGAUCUGCUUGUUGUGAUGACUUCAACAGAGAGAAUGAUGUUGCGGUUACUAAAAUGAGGAGGAGCUGGAAGGAUGGACUAACUACAGAAUCAGAAAUCCAGUGACUCCUGAGUCACCCAGACUGGGAGAAAACAUGUAACAUGACAACCUGAGUUUGAAUGGUUCAGAAGGGCCUGGGAGUUUGAAUGGUUCAGAAGGGCCUGGGAGUCUUUGUGCCCUUCAUGAUUCAACCUUUGAGCCACAGGGAACCACAUUGAGCUAGGAAGAGAGUGAAGGUGAGCAUGUGGAGGUCCGUGAAGGCUGAGUGUCCAGCCAGGACUGUGAAACCAGUGAACUGAAGCCCACUCUGAAACGCUGCAUCACACAAUCAAAAACAUACUGAAUAUUGACAAUAUGUGCACCUCUUCAUAUACACAUCCUCAAACACUAUGUUUGCACACACAGUACUGCGUACACAUGCACAAGCACUAAAUAAAACACACACACAUGCACACCUUGUACCAUAAUAAAACACAUACACAAAAUAAAGAGAGAGUGUAUUGUCCUGGUUGGUUUCAAUGGAGGAUAACUUGUUUCAAAAUUGUUCAUUUACAUUGUAUAAUGAGAGAGAAAAUGGACAAUAGUUUUGCGACGAUUAUGAUUCAUACAACACUGCUGUGGGGCCAUUUUGGUAUGUUUGACACUAAAAUGAAACGAUUGCAGGGCUCUGGUACAAUGUUAAGUCUAGGGCAUCUAUUUCACUAGGAGAAAACAAGAGGCUCCAGAUUUUAAACAAGUGUUUUUGUUCAUUUUAUUUGCUAAUUUAUUGCUUUUUGUUUUCCUCAAUAAGCUUACUGCUAAUGUGUUGCACAGCCAGAUUUUAGCCAUGCAGAUGCCAGAAGGCCCAUUACAGAAAAUGUAUUGGUUUAAGGCUGAAACUGACAUUAAGGCAGGAGAAGUCAUUUUCAUGGUUUCUUAUUUUAUUCAUAAUGAUAAUAAUAAUAAUAAUGAACUGGAUUUGUGUAGCAAGUGCUCAAAUAGUUUUACUAUUAUCCACUACUUCCACCUGGAUGAUGACGCUCGAGUACAGUAGGCAUGAAACAGAAGAAAAAGACUGAAACGGGGAGACACUACCUGGACUUGUUUUCGUUUUCUGUUUCAAAACAUUUUACCACCCGUGUUACCUACUGAACAUGACCCAGCUGUCACAGUGGACAGAUGAGGAAGUGCAUCAUACUAAUUAAGAAUCAGGGGGUGAUUAUGUGGGCAUGAUUAUCUGAGGGCCUGACUGGGAAUUUAGCCAGGACAGCGGGGUUUAACAACACCCAGACUCUUGCAACUUUUUUGGAGCAUAGCUAGUAAUACUUAUGGAAAAGGAUUAAACCAUUUAGCGGUGAAUUCAAAAGCAUGCGGAAAUAGGGAAGGCAGAGCUCUUUCCCAAUUAUUUUGAAUACAACGCAAACUGGUUUGAAUUAUGAGAUUUGGUAGAACUAUUGUCACCAUACCAGAUAAAGGUUUCUUUGAAAUUGUUAUUACCUGACCUUGUGCACCGAGUGUACAAAACAUUAGGAACACCUUCAUAAUAUUGAGUUGAAGCCUCUUUAGCUCUCAGAAAAGCCUCAUUUAUUCAGUGCAUGGACUCUACAAGGUGUCCAAAGAGUUCCACAGGGAUGCUGGCCCAUGUUGACUCCAAUGCUUUCCACAGUUAUGUCAAGUUGGCUGGUAGUGGAUCUCUGCUCUGAAUAGCUUGUUCAAUCUCAUCCCGCAGAUGCUCAAUUGGAUUUAGAUCUGGUGACUGGGCAGGCCACUGUUUGUGGAACCAUUCCUGGACAAUCCUAGCCUUGUAGCAUGGGCCAUUUUCCUGCUGAAAAAAUCAAUUUGCAGAUGGAUACACUGCUGCCAUGAAGGGAUGCACUCAGUGUAUAUCAAAUGUCCAGUUUCAGUUAUCAAAAAUGGUUCUUACCUUCCUUCAAGCUGCUCAACGGAUCUGAAGCUUUGAACCGACCCCCCCCCCAACCAUUUCCCUGCAAUACAUUUCUCCCCAUCUUUCCACCUAGAGAUAAUAUGUACUGACCUGCUCAUUGUAAAUAUGAACAUGAUGUACAGAUUGGUUGUAAAUAAGAAGCUACUAUUGUAGAUAGGAGAGGGUGAAUUCUUUUCAGGACUGGGAGAUUCUGGGCCUCUGGGUUGUUUAGACAUCCAGGCAUAUUAGGGGGAUUCUCAACUCUGAUCUCUUCCCAUUGAAACGACAUACCAACCAUAAUUCUUCCAUAGAAGCAUAGAUGCUGAGAUUUACCAGAUGCCUUUUCUGUCUGAUACACCUUGUACAUACCACAGCUAAUGUAACCUACCAAAAUUAAACUCUGUUUUUGUUUAA